AUGACCCACCUGCCCUCCACCACCACAGACACUUCCAGCAGCCCAGUCAUGACCCAGGACAACCAGUUCUGCUCCAGUGACAACAUCACGUUCAAGUCCACCCUGUAUGCCACCACCUACACCCUCAUCUUCAUCCCUGGCCUCCUGGCCAACAGCGCUGCCCUGUGGGUCCUGUGCCGCUUCAUCGGCAGGAGGAGCAAAGCCAUCAUCUUCAUGAUCAACCUGGCCGUGGCCGACCUGGCCCACGUGCUCUCGCUGCCCCUGAGAAUCUACUACUACAUCAACCACACCUGGCCCUUCGGGAGCCCCCUCUGCCUGCUCUGCUUCUACCUGAAGUACCUCAACAUGUACGCCAGCAUCUGCUUCCUCACCUGCAUCAGCAUCCAGCGCUACCUGUUCCUGCUGCACCCCUUCAAGGCCAAGGGCUGGAAGCGGCGCUACGACGUGGCCAUCAGCGCCCUGGUGUGGCUCGUGGUGGGGGUGGCCUGCCUGCCCUUCCCCCUCAUGAGGGUCAACCACCUGGCCAACAACAGCCACACCUGCUUCGCUGACCUGCCAGUGCAGCACAUCGAAAGCAGCGUGGCCACGGUGCUGAUGAUGGGCGUGGCCGAGCUCCUGGGGUUCGUGGGGCCGCUCGCCAUCAUCGUGUUCUGCACCUGGAAAACAAGGGAAUCUCUCCGGGACUUCCACAUCCCGCAGGAGAGCGGCGGCGAGAGGUGCAAGGCCCAGAGGAUGGUCUCCAUGUGCGCCGUGGUGUUCUGCGUGUGCUUUGCCCCCUACCACAUCAACUUCUUCUUCUACAUGCUGGUGAAAGAGGGGGUCAUUACCGACUGCCUCCUAAAAACCAUCACGCUCUACACACAACCCUUCUGCUUAAGCCUCGCCAGUCUGGACUGCUGCCUGGAUCCCAUCAUCUAUUUCUUCAUGACCUCAGAGUUCCAGGACCAGAUUUCCAGGCACAGCAGCAUGGCCAUCAGGAGCCGGCUCAUGAGCAAGGAGAGCGCCUCGUCGGUUAAGGAGUGACGAGAGAGCCAGCUGAAAAAAAGCUAAGCUAUUUCACAGGGAAUCUGGGACUCUUCUGGGAUGCUCAAUUACCAACUCUAUCAUGGAAGAUCCUGCAAGUUCAGGGGAGUUUUGUGGCAGUGAAAAUCUCUGAGACAUAGAAGAUAAAACUCUGUCUAAGACUGGUGUGUAGGAAUCUGAUGAGCCACCCAGCUGGUUGACCCUCCCCACCGCUGGGCCAGCCACGCCUGACCUGGCUGGACUAGAAAACACACAGGAGGGAGAGACAAAGCUUUUGCUAGGAAGUGAUGGAAAAUUCCCAGGGGUUUUUCUUCUCUUUUCUCAGCUCCAUGGCUCUAGGAUAAAGCCAAAGACAAUCCCACAUCCAUGCACUGACAUCUGCUGAAGUGUCUUCUCUGGGAAAACCACACAAGAACAUAAAAAUAAUCAUAAAAGACAGUCAGGGCUGUGGACAGGUGAAGGUGUGAACUGGCUCCAGCCCACUCCUGGCUCUGUGUGCACCCCACUGCUCAGCACCUCUGCUUCACCCUUCCCACAUUCACCUUCCCACUCCCCUCUGCCAUUUCCUCCUCACCCACCUCUGUUUGCUCCUUAAUUGCUGACACAUCCUAUAACUUGCACCUACAGCUAGUGCAAGACCCCCUGCAAGACAAUCUCCUCCAGCACUCCAGAGAGUGGCACCUUCUCUUGCUCCAAGUGACUUUCUUCUCCUCCAAGGUGCCCCUGUUGGCAGGGGGGGGCAUCAGGACCUGUCCUUCACCUCUGGACCCCGAGCGACAGGACCACAGUUGUCCUGGCAUUCGUGCAGGUGGAUUUAUCGAUGGUGGUGGUACCACUCAGGUCCUCACUCUCUUGUGUGUGGGGCUUCUUGGGCCAGAGGUGCCUGAGAUGAAUCUGCCCCAUAAAACCUCAGCUCAGCGGGUUCAAUUGGUGCAGCUCCUUAGAAAAGAGAGAGGUCCUUGCCAAGGUUAUUCCACUAACAGGGCACAGGCUAAGUUCAUAAAUUAUUGUGGUUUAUUUCCCACCAGCUCCUCUCGUGAUCCUAAUGUUUACAUUUUUAUGCAGCUGUGUAGAGCAGUGACAAGGGAGGAGGUCACCCCUUACUUUAAAUGAGUGGCAGCUCUUCAGCCAAGUCCACCCACGGGGUAACUUCCAGGGCAUCCUUGUGAUGCCUGGGGGUUGAUUUGGCUGAACACAGGCACCGAUUUAUUGCCUUUGAACACCUGCAUGUCUUCAAGAGGAUGUGUACAAUUUGUACAAGGUACAAUCUUGCAACAGAAAAUAUCUUGCACCUUGCUGCAAACCCAGAGGAAAGACCAAAAACACUUGCUGAGUGUAUUUUGAACCUUCCCACUCAAUUCCACCCAGUUACAUUCUAACUCAGCCAGAUAUUUUCUGUAUAUUAUGUUUUCCCGCUUCUCUGUUUUACAAAACAAAUGAGGGAAAGUGAACGGUAGCCAGGUUUAAACAACCAUUUCCCUGGAGCUGCUCCAAAAGGUGGUGACACACUGACUAAGCACAAUAAGCUCUUGUAGCUCUCCUCCCACGUGUGAGAAGAUGACUGUGGGCUGCAGUAGCAUGAACUGGAUCUCACACUGGAGUCGAUGGAAAUGCUUUCUCUGAUGUAACUGGCAGUCUGGGAUGCCAGUGACACCCAGAAAUAUUUACACACUGCAAGUAGUCCCUUCACAAAGGGGUUGAUGCUCAGGUACAGAGUUAACUGGAAUAAAACUGUUCUCAGUUCAGCAGUUUCUCAUAAGCUACACUCAGUAUGGUGUUGUCAGUGAAGGAGACUUCAGUUUUGCUGGUUGUUUUGAGGGUUUUUAUAGACCUUGCUCGGCUGGCACGUGACUGGGAGCUGUUUCCUGUCAUUUCUUUCUCAUACAAUCCUCCCUUGAUCAGGUGCAAACAAGUCAAAGGCCCCAUUACGGGAACUCCGUAGCUUGGUCUAUGUUUUUCUUCCCAGGAACUGAUGCUUUAAAAAAUAAACAUCGUUUUGCAAACA